GUGAAGAAGGGCAUGGACUAUGUGCCCCAUAGUUGGUGCAACGAGUCGGCACCAGAAUGGGUUUGUUGGCAGACGAAGCUCAAUGCAAAGCUUCCGGCCUCGAACCCGGGUUGGUGGUAUUCCACGCUGGCGCAGGGAUAUUGCCCGCGACAGAUGGGGCCGAACUGCACCUGGAACGUGUCUUCUGUCCAGAAGAUCGUGAACAAGACCUGCCACAAGGAGUCCUUCUUCACUUCAGUGGAGCGUGCGACGCCGUCCUGCUUCAAGGCCUGCGGCCUUCGCAACGUGACCUCGCCAUGCUGGACGCGCUGUUUCUUCCAGGCCGUUCUCGGGGACGAG